AUGGCUGAAACAGCUCCUACGCCAACCCCCACGGGCCAAAUCCAUGCCCCUCUUCCCCGCAUCGCCAUCCAAUUCUGCACCCAGUGCAAAUGGAACCUACGAGCCGCCUACUUUGCCCAAGAACUUCUCUCGACAUUUGCCACAUCGCUAGGCGAAGUCGCGCUACAGCCUGCUACAGGCGGCAUCUUCACAGUCACAAUCUCAACGCUGACAGUGGGCGAUGCGGCCACCGCUGCGCCGACGCAUACCGUGCUUUGGGACCGUAAAGUAGACGGCGGGUUCCCGGAAACAAAGGAGUUAAAGAGACGUGUGCGAGACGUCAUUGAUCCUAAGCGGGAUUUGGGCCAUGUGGACAAGAACUAUCCGAAACCAAGCGCCGUCGAGGAGAAGCCCGCGGGUGAACCAGCAAGCGGCGAGUGUCAAGAUUGUAAAUGA